CGCACGUGGGUGCCCCUCCCCCACUUUGGGGACACCCCAGGGACCCCCCAGAGCCCCCCCCUGUUCGUGGUGAUGCCCUGACGUCAUUGCCCGGGACCCCCUGACGUCACACCCCCCUGGCCACGCCCCGGUGGGCACCGCCCGGAGUGACACGGCUGGGACCGGCCCGGCGGAGGGACCCGAACCCGCCCGAGGGGACCCGAACCGGGAGGAGCCGAAUCGCUCCGGGAACACCCGAACCGUCCCGAACAACGGAACCGGAGCGUCCCGCGCGAAUUGACCCGAACCGGGAGGAGCCGAACUGCUCCGGAAACACCCGAACCGUCCCGAAACAACGGAACCGGGAGGGUCCCGCGCGAAUCGAGCCGAACCCACCCGAGGGGGCCCGAACCCGCUUGAGGGACCCGAACUUGGAGGAGCCGAACCGCUCCGGAAACACCCCGAACUUGCACUCGAAGGGGGACCCGAACCUGCCCGGGGGGGCCGAACGAGGUCCCGAAGCUGUCCGGAGGGACCCGAACCGACACGAGGGGAUCCGAAUCCGCCUGAGGAAGCCGAACCCGCCUGAAGGGAGCCGGACCCGCCUGAGGGAAUCCCCGAACCGGGAGGGCCCGAACCGCUCCGGAGAGACCUGAAACACCCGAACCGGCAGCGUCCCGCGCUAAGGAACCCAAACCCACUCAGAGGGGACCCGAACCGGGACUUUCCCGUCCGGAAGGACCCGAACCGAACCCCCCAAAACUCCUCCGGAACAACCCGAACCCACUCGGCCCCCGGGAUGCCCGCUCCGUGCCGCCCCCCGUCCCUCCUGCGCUGCGUCCAGGCCCUCAGCGCCCUCCUGGCCCUGGCUCUGGCCGCAGCCCCCGGCUACUGGAACCCGGGCGAGGGCGACGGCUGCUUGUCCGCCUGGGCCUUGUCCUUCGUCUUCACCACCCUCCUCCUCCUCAACGACGCCUUCCGCCGCCCCCUCCCGCCCCGCCGCGACCUCCCGCUGGCCCUGGCUUGUGCCGCCGCCAUGGCUUGCGCCACCGCCACCAUCCUGUGGCCUCUGGGCCACCUCCGGGGACACGAGGGCAGCUACGGCCGCCCCCGCGCCCUCCGCGCCGCCGCCACGGCCGCCUCGGCCAUCGCCACGUUGGCCUACGCCGCCGAGGUGGCCCGCGACCGGGCGCGACCCGGCGAGGCCGCCCCUUACCUGGCCACUCCCUCGGGGUUGCUUAAGGUGGCCGAAGCCUUCCUCGCCCUCCUCCUCCUCGGGCUGUCGGCCGAGCUGCACGCAGCGUCGGGGCCGGCGGCGCUGCGUUGGUGUCUGGGCAUUUUCUGCGUGUCCUUCGUGCUGGGCGUGCUGCUGGUCGGGGGGUGCCUGCUGGGCUGGGGGUGGUGCGGGUGGAUGAGGGACCCCGAGGGGCUGCGCUGGGGGUUGGGGAUCUACGCGGGGCUGGGGGUGGUGGCCUACGGGGCGACCACGGUGCUGUGGUCGCUCUACAGCUUCUCGGAUGACAUGGGGGGCCAGUCCCGGAGACCCUACGGCUGCCCGGCCACGUGCCCCUGGGACAGGAAGGUGCUGGUGGCCGUGCUCAGCGGCCUCAAUUUGGUGGCGUUCGGGGUGGAUUUGGGGCAGACGGGGAGGUUGGUGCUGUUGAGGGCCUGAGGGGGCACUCCAGGGUGAACUGGGGGGAGGCAGAACCUUAAGGGGGGUCUGGGGUCUCCCACAGGUCGGGAUCAGGGCCUUUGUGGGGGUCUGGGUUGAUUCCUGGGGUGGGAUCAGGCUCCCAGAAGGGUCUUGGAUCCUCUGUGGGGCAGGAUUGGGAUCCUAAGAGGGGUCUGGGGUCUCCUUCUGGAAUGUAUUUGGAUCCUAAUGGGGGUCUGGGUGGCCCCCUGAGGGGGUAUGGGACCCUAACUGGGGUCUGGUGUCCCCUCGUGGGGUGGGAUCAGGAUCCUAAUGGGAACCCUGGACCCUCUAUAGGGCAGGAUUGAGCCCCUAAUGGGGGGCUGGGGUCACCCCAGGGUGGGAUCGGGAUGCUAUGGAGGGCUGGGGUCUCCCCUUGGGGUGAGAUCAAGCCCCUACUGGGAUUCCUGGAUCCUUUUUGGGGCAGAAUCUGGCCCUUUUCAGGGUCAGGGUCCCCUCUGGAAAUGGAGAUCCUGGUUCCUCUGUGGGGUGGGAUUCAGCCCUUGAUGGUGGUCUGGGGUCCCCACCAGGGUGGGAUUGGGUGCCUGAAUGGGUUCUGGAUCCUCUGUGGGGCAGGAUCUGGUGCUUGGGGGGGUGUGGGAUCAAGUGCCUGAGGGAUCCUUCCUGGAGGGAUGGUGGGAUCACAAGGGGGUCUUGGGG